ACCUCGUCUUCUCCGCUUCUUCUUACCUCGUCUUCUCCGCCUCCUCUCUCCCUCUCCCAUGGCGAUUUUGUGUUCUUAGUCUCCCCUUCUCUUCUCCGACGAGACUUCAUCUCCCGGUAGAGUUGUCUCGUUAUCUUCAUCUUCCUCUUCAUCUUCCUCUUCUAUCUCAUCGGAGAAAAACGAACUCGAAGUUUUCUUCCAUCAAAAUCUCCGAUCUCUUCAAACAGUGGAUAUGUCUCUGGAGUUACCAAAGAGGAUAUUUAAGGAGGGUGAGGAGCCCCAAGUGAAUCAGAUCAACAACAAUUGCAGGAUCGAGUACAUCAUUACAAAGUUCAAAACCUGGCUCCCAAAUGAGUUGGCGGCUGUGAAGAAGGAUCCUGUUUUUUCUCAGAUUUUUAAGCUUCAUGACAAUGGUCUUGGGUACUCCGCGCGAGUGAUACACAGCUUCUUGUGUAGUGAGCUGGUGACUUACAAGCAAAAGGAGCUUUGGUUUGUCUUUGCGAGAAGAGCACUUCGUUUUUCUUUACAAGAAUUCCACGCAGUAACCGGAUUUGAGUGCAACACUGGUAUCUCUCUUACCGAGUUUGAUGAUUGGGAAGAUGAUGAUGGUUUCUGGAGCAGGGUGUUGAGGACCACAGAUACAACAAUUACACUCUUCAACUUGUGGAAUAAGCACAAGUUAUCGGUCAACAAGUGGAAGAAUGCAGAUCGGAUUCGACUUAUCUACUUGGCACUCAUUCUUUGCGUGGUUUUAGCAAGAGAUGAGAAGGCUAUUAUCCCCUUCAAAUACAUCAAGGUGGUCAUGGAUCUUGAGAAGCUUCGAAGGUAUCCUUGGGGUGUUGAUGCGUAUGACCACCUCUGCAAGUCAAUAGCCAAAACGCGUGACACACUGAAGGAUAAGACUAGUAGUUAUGUACUAGAUGGUUUCUCCUACGCCUUGCAGAUUUGGGCUAUGGAAGCUGUACCAAAGAUUGGGAAGCUAUGUGGAAAAAGAUUGGACAAACAAUUCAGUAAUGGUCCUAGAUGCAUCAACUGGAGGGGAGCUGCAAAGGUGUCAUAUGAUGAGAUCAUUCGUUUGGAGGAAAUUAUUACACCUGAGGAUGUCAUGUAUCCAUACAUCUCAUGGGAAGGGAAUAUGGUUGUAAUCGUAAGUGAUAUAUUUCGCCGAGAUGGUGAAGUGGAGGAUGAUAGAGUGAAGGUCCUGAUGGAGUUGAUAAGGAAGAACCAUGACUUCAGUAAUCAUAUAUGGGAAUAUGAAGAAAUUGCAGAGGUUUCUUUAGAUCUUGAAGUUGAAGCACCCACUCCAGUUGCAGCAACUGAGGUUGAUCAAGAUUUUCAGACACCACAAGGGUCAAGUAAUGUGGGCGUUACAGCAAAGAAGGGCAAGAAGAGGCUCCCUGAUCGUGGAAUGGAAAAAAGGAAGCAUAAGGUUCUCUCAAGCCGAUCAAACCAAGCCCCUUUUACUGAAGAUAUGAAGGCUUUUAUGACACAAUUGUUUGAGCAGAGUUUCAGUGGAAUGGAACAAAGGCUACAGAAACAGAUGACUGAGACAUUUGAGAAAAUGCAGUCAGAGCUGAAAGAAUCUUGUAAGGCUGCAAGCGAGGAAGUUGAGCAUGGAGCGCCUUCACCAAGCAAGCCAUCUACUAGAGAGCCUUCACCAAGCAAGCCAUCUACUAGCGAGCCAUCUUUGAGGAGGUCCAAACGCGGGGUAAAGAAACACUAGUCUUCAACACUCUCUUAUAUGUUAAUUUGUCUUCUUUAUUAGCUGGUUUGCGUGUCUCUUAGUCUUACUCAUGUAUGAUAUCGGCUUGAAUUUUGUUCUGUUUUAUAAGGUCUCGGUUUGGUAGUAUCCUUUGUGUGUAAGUGUCCUUUGUUUGUAAGCGUCUUUU